AUGAGUGAGCUGCCCUUUCUGAGUCCAGAGGGGGCCAGAGGGCCCCACAUCAACAGAGGGUCUCAGAGCUCCCUGGAGGAAGGUUCAGUCACAGGCGCGGAGGCUCGGCACAGCUUAGGAGUCCUGCAUGUGUCCUUCAGCGUCAGCAACCGUGUCGGGCCCUGGUGGAACAUCAAAUCGUACCAGCAGAGGUGGGACAGGCAAAUCCUCAAAGAUGUCUCUUUGUACAUGGAGAGUGGACAGAUCAUGUGCAUCUUAGGCAGCUCAGGCUCAGGGAAAACCACGUUGUUGGACGCCAUCUCCGGGAGGCUGCGGCGCACUGGGACCCUGGAAGGGGAGGUGUUUGUGAACGGCUGCGGGCUGCGCAGGGACCAGUUCCAAGACUGCUUCUCCUACGUCCUGCAGAGCGACGUCUUUCUGAGCAGCCUCACUGUGCGCGAGACGUUGCGAUACACGGCGAUGCUGGCCCUCCGCCGCAGCUCCGCGGACUUCUAUGACAGGAAGGUAGAGGCAGUCAUGACAGAGCUGAGUCUGAACCACGUGGCAGACCAAAUAAUUGGCAACUAUAAUUUUGGGGGGAUUUCCAGUGGCGAGCGGCGCCGAGUCUCCAUCGCAGCCCAACUCCUUCAGGACCCCAAGGUCAUGAUGCUUGAUGAACCAACCACAGGACUGGACUGCAUGACUGCAAACCAGAUUGUCCUCCUCUUGGCUGAGCUGGCUCGCAGAGAUCGCAUCGUGAUCGUCACCAUCCACCAGCCUCGCUCUGAGCUCUUCCAACACUUUGACAAGAUUGCCAUUCUGACGUACGGAGAGCUGGUGUUCUGUGGCACGCCAGAGGAGAUGCUUGGCUUCUUCAAUAGCUGCGGCUACCCUUGUCCUGAACAUUCCAACCCCUUUGACUUCUACAUGGACUUGACGUCGGUGGACACCCAAAGCAGAGAGCGAGAGAUAGAGACGUACAAGCGCGUGCAGAUGCUGGAAUCUGCCUUCAAGGAAUCUGACAUCUGCCACAAAAUUCUGGAGAAUAUUGAAAGAGCAAGACACCCGAAAACCUUACCCGUGGUUCCUUUCAAAACAAAAGACCCCCCUGGAACACUCACCAAGCUCGGCGUCCUCCUGAGGAGAGUAACAAGGAACUUACUGAGGAAUAAGCAGGCCGUGACUAUGCGUCUCGUUCAGAAUCUGAUCAUGGGUCUGUUCCUCAUUUUCUACCUUCUCCGGGUCCAGAACAACAUGCUAAAGGGUGCUGUCCAGGACCGCGUGGGGCUGCUCUACCAGCUUGUAGGCGCCACCCCGUACACGGGCAUGCUCAAUGCUGUGACUCUGUUUCCCAUGCUGAGAGCCGUUAGCGACCAGGAGAGUCAGGAUGGCCUGUACCAGAAGUGGCAGAUGCUGCUCGCCUAUGUGCUGCAUGCCCUCCCCUUCAGCGUCAUCGCCACGGUGAUUUUCAGCAGCGUGUGUUACUGGACUCUGGGCUUGUAUCCUGAAGUUGCCAGAUUUGGAUACUUCACCGCCGCUCUUUUGGCCCCUCAUUUAAUUGGAGAAUUUCUAACACUCGUGCUGCUUGGUAUGGUCCAAAACCCCAAUAUUGUCAACAGUAUAGUGGCUCUACUGAGCAUUUCUGGGCUGCUUAUUGGAUCUGGAUUUAUCAGAAACAUAGAAGAAAUGCCCCUUCCUUUAAAAAUCCUGGGUUAUUUUACAUUCCAAAAAUACUGUUGCGAGAUUCUUGUAGUCAAUGAGUUCUAUGGCCUGAAUUUCACUUGUGGUAAAUCCAACACCACUAUGCCAAAUCACCCAUUGUGCUCCAUGACCCAAGGGAUCCAGUUCAUCGACAAAACCUGUCCGGGUGCCACAUCCAGAUUCACAGCAAACUUCCUCAUCUUAUACGCAUUCAUCCCAACUCUGGUCAUCCUAGGGAUAGUGGUUUUUAAAGUCCGGGACUACCUGAUUAGCAGAUAGUAUGACUGGCCUCUAAUCAUCAGGAUUCCAUCUGUGACCCUUGUAGCUAUCCAGAGUCCCAA